GUGCACAUAUUAACAACUCAUGGUUCUAGCUCCCAGUCGCCAAGCGUUGCCAAGGCGUUGAGAGCUCAUCUGGAAAGUCUUUUACCCAGAAUCGCUUUGAUUCAGACCAGCUGGUUUUUCCUGCGGUGAUUUGGAAAUUCGCGCCCUCCUCUGGUCCUCGUCCAGGUGCGCGGGAAGCAGGUGCCCAGGAGAGAGGGGAUAAUGAAGAUUCCAUGCUGAUGAUCCCAAAGAUUGAACCUGCAGACCAAGCGCAAAGUAGAAACUGAAAGUACACUGCUGGCGGAUCCUACGGAAGUUAUGGAAAAGGCAAAGCGCAGAGCCACGCCGUGGUGUGUGCCGCCCCCCCUGGGAUGGAUGAAACUGCAGUCGCGGCGUGGGUAAGAGGAACCAGCUGCAGAUAUCACCCUGCCCAACACAGACUCGGCAACUCCGCGGAAGACCAGGGUCCUGGGAGUGACUAUGGGCGGUGAGAGCUUGCUCCUGCUCCAGUUGCGGUCAUCAUGACUACGCCCGCCUCCCGCAGACCAUGUUCCAUGUUUCUUUUAGGUAUAUCUUUGGACUUCCUCCCCUGAUCCUUGUUCUGUUGCCAGUAGCAUCAUCUGAUUGUGAUAUUGAAGGUAAAGAUGGCAAACAAUAUGAGAGUGUUCUAAUGGUCAGCAUCGAUCAAUUAUUGGACAGCAUGAAAGAAAUUGGUAGCAAUUGCCUGAAUAAUGAAUUUAACUUUUUUAAAAGACAUAUCUGUGAUGCUAAUAAGGAAGGUAUGUUUUUAUUCCGUGCUGCUCGCAAGUUGAGGCAAUUUCUUAAAAUGAAUAGCACUGGUGAUUUUGAUCUCCACUUAUUAAAAGUUUCAGAAGGCACAACAAUACUGUUGAACUGCACUGGCCAGGUUAAAGGAAGAAAACCAGCUGCCCUGGGUGAAGCCCAACCAACAAAGAGUUUGGAAGAAAAUAAAUCUUUAAAGGAACAGAAAAAACUGAAUGAUUUGUGUUUCCUAAAAAGACUACUGCAAGAGAUAAAAACUUGUUGGAAUAAAAUUUUGAUGGGCACUAAAGAACACUGAAAAAUAUGGAGUGGCAAUAUAGAAACACGAACUUUAGUUGCAUCCUCCAAGAAUCUAUCUGCUUAUGCAGUUUUUCAGAGUGGAAUGCUUCCUAGAAGUUACUGAAUGUACCAUGGUCAAAACGGAUUAGAGCAAUUGAGAAAUGCAUAUUGUAUUACUAGAAGAUGAAUACAAACAAUGGAAACUGAAUGCUCCAGUGAACAAACUGUUUCUUAUAUAUGUGAACAUUUAUCAAUCAGUAUAAUUCUGUACUGAUUUUUGUAAGACAAUCCAUGUAAGGUAUCAGUUGCAAUAAUACUUUUCAAACCUGUUUAAAUAUUUGAAGACAUUAAAUCUACGAAGUAUAUAAUGGUUUCAAAGAUUCAAAAUUGACAUUGCUUUACUGUCAAAAUAAUUUUAUGGUUCACUAUGAAUCUAUUAUACUGUAUUAAGAGUGAAAAUUGUCUUCUUCUGUGCUGGAGAUGUUUUAGGGUUAACAAUGAUAUAUGGAUAAUGCCCAUGAGAAUAAGAGAGUCAUAAACCUUAAGUAAGCAACAGCAUAGUAAGGUCCAAGAUACCUAAAAGAGAUUUCAAGAGAUUUAAUUAAUCAUGAAUGUGUAACACAGUGUCUUCAAUAAAUGGUAUAGCAAAUGUUUUGACAUGAAAAAGGACAAUUUCAAAAAAAUAAAAUAAAAAUAAAUUCAUGUAGUCUAAGGAUGCUAAACCUUAGUACUGAGUUACUUUGUCAUUUAUAUAGAUUAUAACUUGUCUAAAUAAGUUUGCAAUUUGGGAGGUAUAUUUUUAAGAUAAUAAUAUAUGUUUACCUUUUAAUUAAUGAAAUAUUUGUAUUUAAUUUUGACACUAUAUCUGUAUAUAAAAUAUUUUCAUACAGCAUUACAAAUUGCUUACUUUGGAUAACAUUUCUCCUUUGAUAAAAUAAAUGAGUUAUGUAUUAA